AUGUCGCUCAGGCGUUUGUUUUUUGCUGGCACUCCUGGGACACGGCCUGCUUUGUCCGCUGAGCGCACGCCUGGCGCUCGUUUCCUGCAGCGGCGUCCUGGAUCACGGAGGCACGCCGCGGACACCGACCCCGGCUCCCGCAAGCUUGGGGCGGACGAUGCUGGGCGGCCCGCCCGGGCGUCCACGACGAGCAACCGCUUUCUUCAGAGGCUGUCGGAGCUGGAAAGGUCGGCGGCGCUCACUGGCGCGAAGAGCGGUGGUUUCUCGCAGGUGUGUGGGCGUGGUCGUGAAGAGAAGGUUCUUAGCGAGCGGAAGCGCAUGCUUGUCUUCAGGGAUGUUGGAAUGGACCUGGACAAACCGAUUCUGUCGCGCGACGUGUUUCUUGUGUUCAAGUACUUCCGCUACGGCAUUGAGUUUGCCGUGGACAACGAACUGGAGCGCAUGCUGCGCUACUUCAACGAGCACGCGCUGAACGAGCUGAAAAUCAUCCAGAACAGCAAGCUCAUGCGCGGCCCUGGGGUGCUCAGCCGGAAAAGGGGUCGCCCACUGCACGGGGGCGCGACGUCUCAGUCGUCGCCGGCGUUUCCAUCCGUGCGGGCGGCCAAUGUGCGCCAGUUCUGCGGCUACACAAGAGCAACGGAGCAGAGGGUGGCUGCGCUUAUGGGCCCCGGCUCACUCUGCGCCUCCUUUUGCCGUGCGAAGGAGGACGCCACGGCGAAGCCUUGGCCAAGGACGCGCCACUUUUGCGAGCAGGACCCCGCGCAAAUGACGCCCUUUUCCUCUGCGACCUUUCGGCGACCCGCGGUCGUCAUUUACACGCAGCUGGGACAGAAACUCGGGGCGCAGGCGGACUUGGAGUGGCGUCGUCUGGCGUACGCCACCAUCCACCCUUCGCUGCUGCAGUUCCUUCCGACGGCGGAUGCGACGGGCGAGGGGCACGUCGCGUCGACAUGCGAGCACCACAAAGGGGGGCUCCGUCACAGUUCCAGGGAGGCACCAGGGAGCGGGAGAGGGCACGCCAUGCCACUCGAUGUGGUUUCGCUGCGCAGCAUGGAUGUGUACAAGUAUCGCUGGGUGCACCGUCUGUAUGUGCGCCGCUUUGCCCAGUCACUCGCUUCCCCUGCCUCCUCCUCGGAGCACACGGUAGGCGCGUCCGCGGUGAGUGGGCUGAUAACGGCGUCCACCACAUUUGUCGGGUGCAGGCUGCUCCAGCCUUUCUACUCUGUCCUGGGCCUGCGCAACUACCUGUCGCCGCACGUCAUGCUUGUGGACCACGAGGGGGUGAUUCGCUGGCUGACGGCGGGCUGCCCCGACGACUACGAGAGGGAGCACUUUCCUGCGCUGCUAAGACAACUUGAAGAGGAGUACAAUCUCGCACGAAGUCGCUGA